AUGAACCACGAUCCGCUACAUUGGGGAAGACCAGACGACUCUACAUAUGGUGGGUACAAUUACAAUAUUGCACAUGCAUCUAAUGUUGAUAGAAACAAAACCCAGGCAAAGACAGAAUUUCCUAAAAUGCAUACGCAGCAACCAAUGAUUACCGGUACUUCGGUAAUUGCCAUUAAGUACAACGACGGUAUAGUCAUGGCUGCAGAUCACAUGGGUUCCUAUGGAUCGCUUAUGAAAUUAGACGAUCUGCAGAGAAUUAUACCUGUGGGAAACUCUUCGGUGUGUGGUAUAUCAGGCGAUAUUAGUGAUUUCCAAUAUAUAGAGAGACUAUUAGAUGAUUUACAAAUUGAAGAUGGAUAUGAUAUGGAAGAUGACAACUUAAAAGCUAAUCAUUUGGGUGAAUAUUUAACUAAUGUUAUGUACAAUAGAAGAUCAAAGAUGAAUCCAUUGUGGAAUGCAAUCAUAGUUGCCGGAUUUGAUGAUAAAGGUGAAAUAUACAUGAAACAUGUCGAUUUGUUGGGCGUUUCAUAUUCCUCUCCAACAUUAGCAACGGGUUUUGGUAAUCAUUUGGCCAUCCCUCUUUUAAGAAAAAAGGUGGAUAGCGAAGAAGAUGUAGCAAAAUUAUCAAAAGAAGAGGCGAUUCAAACAGUGAAGGAUUGUAUGAAGGUGUUAUUUUAUAGAGAUGCAAGAUCUUGGAACAAAUAUUCACUUUGUAUUAUUGAGAAGUCCACCAAAUCUAUAAACAUUGAAAAGGAUGUUGCAGUUGAAGGAAUGAAGUGGGAUUUUGCUAGGCACAUCACUGGUUACGGUGUUCCACAACUAUAA